AUGGGGGAAGGUCUCGCCACCGAACCAGACGCCAAACCUCUUCCUUAUGGCAAAUCUCCCGCUAGAAAAGCUUCCCGCCCAAAACAUCUGAAGCGAACGAGCACCGCCUUUGGUGGCACAGUUCCUCGCGUUUUGUCUCCUACCGAAAACACGGCCAAAGUGGAAGAGAGGGAGAAGGAGAAGGAGAUGGCGGCCAGUUUCUUGCAAUUCUGCGCCAUGUGCGAGAAACAAAUCAUGACUCCCUGCAACUCGAUCCUUUACUGCAGUGAAGCCUGUCGUCGCAAAGACUCAGUCAAACCCCUGUCUGCGUCAAACAUUCCCUCCCCUCCAAGAUCAGCAUCAACGCCCUCCUCUCCCCGCCCGACGCAACCUCUACGCACCUCAAGCGCCUCUCCCGACUUCGACAAGCACACGCCCGUCCUCCGAAUACCAGCCGACAGGCAUGACCACAAGCCCGAUCUUGACCCGACCGAAUGGAAGCCCAAAUUACCACAUCGUGGGGCCUCAGAGGCCUUUCGCUAUCUCUCGCGCUUCCAUCAGACCAUGACUGCAUCUGAGGGGGGCGAGCAUGUAAAAAUAGACCGCCCACGGACAGCACGACACAAGAGCACAACGAGCAUGACGACUACGACGAGCACCACGACUCCAAGUCUAGGAAACACGCCCACGACGGCGUCCUCUAGCUUCGACAGCAUCAGCCUCUACGACUUUGGCUUGCGCCCUCUCCCCCCGCGCCAGAACCCGAUGUACUCGAAUAGUGCAGGGCACUCGAAGGGCAUUGAUCUGGUGACGCCGCAUGUCCCACCUCCCACAUCGGACGUGAUCGCAAGUUCUGUCCCUGACCACGACGACACCGAAUUCUGGGCCAAAAAGCGUGUCGUUGUCCCUGGAGCCGGAUCGACUCCACGAGGAGAUGGACUAGGUGCGCUGUUCGGGAGGGAUAGAGCCACCUGA